CAAUUUUUGAGUUGUUCAAGAAUUUGACCUUUCUCCUUCUUCUCUCUUUCAUUCUCACUUAACCUUUACUACCUCCACUUCAUGCAUAUCACAAACCAAAUCCUAUCUUCUCUACAAAGAUUAACUUGAGUUAUCAGUGAUCUCUCUCACUUGUUUUAUUCUCUCUUCUUUUCACAAACAUAUACAUAUGGCCUCUAUGAACUUGUUAGGUUUCUCUCUCUCUCCACAAGAACACCCUUCAACUCAAGAUCAAACGGUGGCUUCUCGUUUUGGAUUCAACCACCCUGAUGGAAUCUCAAGUUCUAAUCAAGUACAACAAGAUCAGUGCUUUGAUCUCUCAACUCCUCAUCACUCUUCACUCAACCACCUUUCUCAUCCUUUUUCCAUUUAUGAAGCUUUCCACACAAAUAACAACAUUCACACCACUCAAGAUUGGAAGCAGAACUACAACAACCAAAACCUACUAUUGGGAGCUUCAUGCAUUAAUCAAAAUGCGAACAACAACCAUCAACAAGUUCAACCAAAGCUAGAAAACUUCCUUGGUGGACACUCUUUUACAGACCAUCAAGAAUACGGCAGCAACUCAGUUGUGUCGCCGUAUUCUUCAAUACAGCUUCCGGUUCAGUCGGAAGCUGUAUGUGGUGAUGGAAACACAAGCAACACAAACUCCAUAGGUUUGUCAAUGAUAAAAACAUGGCUAAGAAACCAACCACCACCAGAAAACAACAAUAAUGAAAGUGGAGGGCGUGUGCAAACUCUAUCACUUUCAAUGAGUACUGGUUCACAGUCAAGUUCAUCAGUUCCUCUUAUCAAUGCAAAUGUGAGUGGUGAGAUCAGUUCAUCAUCGGAAAACAAACAACCUCCGGCAACUACAACGGCGGCACUUGAUAGCAACCAAAGUGGUGUCAAUGAAAAUACUGUGCCUAGAAAGUCCAUUGAUACAUUUGGUCAAAGAACUUCCAUAUACCGUGGUGUAACAAGGCAUAGAUGGACAGGGAGAUAUGAGGCUCAUCUUUGGGACAAUAGUUGUAGAAGAGAGGGGCAAACUCGUAAAGGAAGACAAGUUUACUUGGGAGGUUAUGACAAAGAAGAAAAGGCAGCUAGAGCCUAUGAUUUGGCAGCACUAAAAUACUGGGGAACAACUACUACAACAAAUUUUCCCAUUAGCCAUUAUGAAAAAGAAUUGGAAGAAAUGAAGCACAUGACAAGGCAAGAGUACGUUGCGUCAUUGAGAAGGAAAAGUAGUGGUUUUUCUCGCGGUGCAUCCAUUUACCGAGGAGUAACAAGACAUCAUCAACAUGGUAGAUGGCAAGCUAGGAUUGGAAGAGUUGCAGGCAACAAAGAUCUCUACCUAGGAACUUUCAGCACUCAAGAAGAGGCAGCAGAGGCAUACGAUGUAGCAGCCAUAAAAUUCAGAGGACUAAGUGCAGUGACAAACUUCGACAUGAAUCGAUACGAUGUGAAAAGCAUACUUGAAAGCAGCACUUUACCGAUUGGUGGUGCUGCAAAGCGUUUAAAGGACAUGGAGCAAGUAGUUGAAUUGAAUGUGGAUAAUGUCCAUAGAACAGAACAAGAUCAUAGUACAACCAUCAUCAACACUUCACAUUUAACUGAUCAUCAUCAAACCAUCAAUAACAACAACAACAACAACAACUAUGGAGCUUGGCAUGGUCUAUCAUUCCAACAACAACAUCAUCCUUACAAUACUACAACCAACAACAACAUGCAAUUACAUAAUUACACUUAUGGUACUCAAACUCAAAAGCUUUGGUGCAAACAAGAACAAGAUUCUGAUGAUCAUCAUAGUUAUGAUCACAUUCAUCAUCAACUACAGUUAGGGAACAGUAACAAUAACAGCACUCACAAUUUCUUUCAACCAAAUUCUGGUUUACAAAAUAUGAUGAACAUGGAUUCUGGUUCAAUGGAUAAUAACAGUUCUGCAUCUAACUCUGUUGUUUAUGGUGGUGAUCAUGGUAAUAAUGGUUAUGGUGGGAGCUAUAUGAUUCCAAUGGUUAAUGAGAAUGAGAUAAAGGGAUUUGGUUAUGAGAAUGUUUUUGGAACAAGUGAUCCUUAUCAUGCACAUGCAAGGAAUUUGUAUUAUCAGCAACAAUUAACGGUUGAUCAAGGAGGGUCAAAUAGCAAUAAUAAUAAUAAUUGGGUUCCAACUGCAAUUCCAACAAUUACACCAAGGACUACUAAUGUGUCUCUUUGUCCACCAUUCACUUUGUUGCAUGAAUGAAGGAAGGUUCAAUCAAUGAUGAAAGAAGGAAGAUAUAGGUUUUGUUUCAUUUUCAUUUGGAAGGGUUUAAUUACUUAGAGGGGAAUUAUAUUCUAACUUGCAGGGUAAUUUAAUUAUUGUAGCCUAAUGUUAGUCAUGGUAGAACAUUUUACUGUGAAUUUUGGGAAUUAACUCUUAGAGAAUGUAGGCUUUUUUUCAUUGCCAAGUUUUUUUAUCAUCAGAACUAGACUCUGUAAUUUUUUGAAUAAUUACAGGAUCAUACAGAGGAUGGAGUUUUUGUUCAUGUGAA